AUGGCGCACCUAGAUCGCAAUCAAGCCAAGGAGAGGAUCUUGGACAUUGAACACCAGAAUGAUUUAAGCUCCAUUUCAGAGAACAUAAGAGGUGGCCUUGGUGACUUUAGCUUGGAAGCUACACAGCCUCUUUCACUGUGUACUGAGAGUUGCCAUCCUGGCUUUAGCAAGAGAGUGAAGGAGGGGGAGCCAUUUUGCUGCUAUGAUUGCAUCCCAUGUCCAGAAGGGAAGAUUUCAAACCAGAUGGAUCUAAAUGACUGUUACAAAUGCACAGAUGAAAACUAUCCAAACAAAAAUCAGGAUUCAUGUAUUCCCAAGGGAGUUAUCUUUUUAUCUUAUGAAGAACGUCUGGGGCUUGGCUCAGCCUUUAUGGCUAUUUUCUUGUCUUUAAUCACAGCUCUGGUUCUAGGAAUCGUUAUGAGGCACCACAACACUCCCAUUGUCAAAGCCAACAACCGGAGCCUCACCUACACUCUCCUCAUUUCCCUCCUGCUCUGCUUCCUGUCUGCAUUGCUCUUCAUUGGUCAACCAGGGAAGGUGACCUGUCUCCUCCGACAACCUGCUUUUGGCAUCAUCUUCUCAGUAGCUGUUUCUUGUGUGCUGGCAAAAACCAUCACAGUUGUUCUGGCUUUCAUGGCCACUAAGCCAGGAUCCAGGAUGAGGAAAUGGGUGGGCAAAAGACUGGCCAGUUCCAUGGCUCUAUCCUGUUCCCUUCUUCAAGUUGGUAUUUGUACUGGCUGGCUGGCAACUUCUCCUCCAUUUCCAGAUGCUGAUAAGCACUCCGUGAUUGACAAAAUUGUACUUGAAUGCAAUGAAGGGUCUGUGGUAAUGUUUUAUUGUGUCUUGGGCUAUACAUGCUUCCUUGCAAUUAUCUGUUUCAUUCUUGCAUUCCUUUCCAGGAAGCUGCCUGACAGCUUCAAUGAAGCCAAGUUCAUCACUUUCAGCAUGUUGGUCUUUUGCAGUGUGUGGCUCUCCUUUGUUCCAACCUAUCUGAGCACAAAAGGGAAAUACAUGGUAGCUGUGGAGAUCUUCUCUAUCUUAGCCUCCAGUGCUGGCUUGCUGGCUUGCAUAUUUUCUCCAAAAUGUUAUAUUAUGGUUUUGAGGCCUGAACUGAACAACAAGGAACAUCUAAUGAGAAGAAUGGACAAAAAAAAUAAAAAAAAUGUGUCUGUUACCUUUUCUACAGACUGCAGCCCAUGA